CGCGAAGCAUUUUGUUUUAUCUCACACUACACUAUGGCGCAAACCAAUUUAUUCUCAUUCUUCAAAAAAAAGGAUGAAGCUCCCACACCAGCGCCUGCGUCUGUACCAAAAACAGCACCAGUAGCACCACAACAACAGAAGCAGAAACAGGAGCAAACGUCUAAACGCAAUAUUAAACCUUCUAAAAACGCUGUAGCUGACACUGCAACUGAAUCUUUGGCGAUCGCAGAACCCAUGGUCAUUGACAGCGGCGACCACGAGGAUCAAGACAGUGAUAAUGAUGACUAUUCGCCCGUGUACUCUAGAGCUCGGCGAACACGAAAGCGGACAACCUACGCCAUUUCCGACAGCGAUGACGAUCCAAUACUCAACAGCCCAUGUGCACCAGGUAUACCGUCUCUUUAUCACUGCUUCCACAACAACAACCUUCACCACUUUUUCGGCCUUUGUUUUGUGACCAUUACAAAGUUUAUUUCAAGCAGCAACAAUAACAACCAUGGAUACAAUCGAUUAUAGAUCGCAAUAAGAAGAAUGUUAAGCGCAAGCGACUUUUCCAGAAGAGCACUGAUAACUCGGAUGAGGAUGAUGACUAUGUGGAUAU